AAAGAAAAUUGUACAUGGGUUUUGCAUAUUUGAGGUUUCUUCCAGUCCUGGUAAUCUUAUAUGAACAUAUACUAUAGUGAUGAAAGAAUUGCUAAAACUACCUUUAAGAAAAAGAGAUUAAACGUGCAACCACUCAAUGCUUCUACUUUUUAAAUUUAGAAUCAAAUUAUUUUGUCAAUUUAAGGGUUUAAAUGUAUUUACUAUCAAUUAAGGUAAUUUUUGUGAGCUAGUGUGGAAUUUCUAUGAAAAACAACUUACUUUAAACUUUAUUGAAAUUAAUUUUUAUCAUUUGAUUUAGAUCCUAAAGGACACAUCUUAUAUACUGUGAGAUAACAAAAACUAAUAAUAAAUAAAUAAUCAAAGCAAAAGAAAGAAAACAAAUCUUCCAAUAAGAUUGGCAGAAACAUUAUGGAAGGCCCCAAUGAGUACAUAAUAUAACUUUACAACCUGUACACACACGUGUGAACUGGUCCCCACAAGCCGCAUACUAUAGACAUGAAAAAAAAAGCCCAAAUCCCAAGGAAGGACCCCCCGACCCCCUAAUCAUUCUACUCAGAGGAUAAUCUUCUCUCCGGAACCCUAUAAUCCACCGUGUCUGCCCAAACCCAUCAAACCAAAACCCUAGACGUAGAAAUACAAAUUCUUCUUUUUGAUCAAUCAUAAUCCUUUCUCAAACUGUAUAAAUUUUUUCCAAAACAUACGGUUUUUUUAGAUGUAGAUGAUGAUAUUUAUACAGAUGAGUUUUCUAUUUAUCAUAUAAUUUUUAUAUAUAUACGAUAUAAUAAAGUAUCACACAAUUCGAUAUUCGAUAUAUAGGAAUCAAAAUAUUUCUUCGCACGUGCCAAGAAAGCCACUCUUCUCUUCUCUCUUCCUUCAGACCCUCAUCUUCAGCCGUUUUUUUUUUCUUGGGCGUCUCUCUCCUCGUACCCGGGCCUCAAUCCUUAUGAUGGUGGGCCCCACUACAAAGUGGGCCUCAUUGUCUUCAUGGUCAGAGGCUGGAUGAACUUUGAUGACGUGGAAAUCUGUGAUUGGUCAAAUUGUAUGUAGUAUAAUACGUAGGGGUCUACGGUAAACAGUGAAUACCCCUACAUGACUAGGAACUUAGGAAGCAUUGAAAUCCUAACCAAAUCUUAUGAACACGCGUCGGUUGGUCAUGUCAUUUGGGCUGUUUUAGUCCAAACGAAAUACACCCUCGGCUGACUAAUCAAAUACGGUCACAUCGGCAUGCUAUGCUAGCUCUGGAUUGUAUGCUGACAUGGAAAACUCUGUAUGGUCCUCAAUAUGCUACCUUCAGACGUGGACUCACAUGAUUCGUUCUCGCUAUAAGGUAUGAAUCUUGCCCUAACUGGCUUUGCUUAUAAUAUCCUUUCCAUGUUGAUCCAAUAGAAGUCCAUAUUAAAUAUUGGCUUAUAUAUAUAUAUAUAUAUAGUUGAUAGUAAGUCUUCCACUUAUUGUUAGCUUGGCUAAUAUUAUUAUAUGAUCAUAUGAUGCUUUCUUUAGUUAAUGAAAUUCAUUUACCUAGAGAUUUUAAGGGGACGUCAAUAAUAAUUCUAGGUGUUUAAUUUGAGGAAAGUUUGGAUACAUAUAUAUUACAUAUAUAUAUAUUUAGAUAGGUGUCUGACAGUGAGUUUUUCUUGUUUUGGAUAAUUUCAAGCUCGUGAUGUGGAGCUCUCUAGUAUUGGUGAUGACUUAAUUAGAUAAUUAGUAUGUUUUGGGCCUAGUUUUAGAUUUAUUUAUGUAGCGAUAAUAUAGUAUUCCAUGGUUAAAGGUUGUUGAUUGAAAUGCAUACAAGGUGUAUAUAAUAAGAUUAUGCUAAGUACAAUAGCAUUUUAUAUUUUUUAUGUAAUAAUAUCAUAAAAAAUUACAAUAUAUACAUAUAUAUACAAAUUUUAAUAAGGUCAAGGUGAUAAUAUGACCAAAGUUUGCAGAUUAAUGAUUUUCAAGACCCAAAACAAAACAAUAAAAACAACUUUCGGUGCUGUUGGGGAAUAAGGAGGAAAAAAGAUGUAUCCAGUUCAUAUUUGGAAUGUAGUUGUUAGAAGUUGUGAAAAUAAGCGAACAUAUAUAUAUAUAUAUAUACAUCGAUUAAUUUAUACAUGUGGUUACUAAGAGCUUACUCUUUUUUUCACUAUAUCUUCUUUCAAUUUUUUUGACAUAAUAUCUUGCAUUUCUUUGUUAUAUGCAAUGGCCAAACCGCGUGAACAGUGUAAUUUAAGGCACUAUUCUAGUUAGGGCUAAUUAGGGUGUCUAUCGAAGAGAAACUUUGUGUUGAUGUUGACUAGUAGUGGGGUUUGUUGUUUUCUAUAUUUUAAGGCAACUUGCUAUCAAAAUUUCUUCCCAUGAAAAAUGUCCCUUACAAUCUCUUUUUUUUUUGGUUAAAAUGGGGUUUAAAUUAAACUUAUAUAUAAUAUCGAGAACAAAUUUCACAUGAAAUUGACAUUAUUGACAAUUGGGUCAUAUCACAUAACAAAAAAUGUCCGUUUAAUUGUCUCCUCUAUGGUCCGGUACUAUAUAUAUAAAAUAAAUAUUGCAAUUUUUUUAAAAUUUCAAAUAAACAUAGAAUACAGUCCCCCUUUUGUUUGGUUAGUUAGAAGGGUAUAUCUAGUACUACUAUUUGUCAUGGCCUGUCCUAUAUAUAAUUACAAUAUCAUGUAGGUCUGUCUCUUUAUAUAUAUAGGAAAAAAAUUAGGUAUUUUUAAUCACUACUACCUAUAGGUAUACAACACAUACUAAACUAUACGUUUUAAUAUAUAACAUGUAUCAUUAAGUAUUUAUAUACAACAAUGAAAACGUUAAGAAAGUAAUGUACCCUCAAGUUUUUGUAUGCAUAGUCCUUGUAUAUAUAAAUACACAUAUACAUAUAUAUAUCAAUAAAGGUUUGGUACUAUUGCAGAGAGAGUAAGAAUAUGUACCACAUGGCAGCUUUUAUUUGUAUUUCACAAUAUGUAUGACCAAUACCAUCAUGGCAAACUUUUAUAUAGGCAGUUUGUCCUGGUCCCCUAGAGUCAGUUUCCACCACUUAACACGGCCAUGUAUAUGCUAUGAUAUAUAUAUAUAUCCCAUGCAUGAAAUUAACUAUGUGUUAGUCACAUUCAAAUAUCUCAGUUCUUCACACUGACCCACCUGACUAUCACGAUCGAUCAGAGGCAUGAUGAUUUAUAUAAAUGAUCAUCAGAUCCGAUGAUCAUCAUGACCGUUCAUUAAUUACUAUAUUACAACGUAUACACCAUCAUACAUAAUACAAAAUAGAUAUAUUGCAUCCAAAAGGCUAAAGCUAAGCAUAUAGCUUCUUUUCGGAGCUUAAAAAAAGUGUAUGGCCUUUUUUUAUUGCUUGAAAAAUCCCUAAUGAUUUUUUUUUUAUCCGAAAAUAAAAAUCCCUAAUGAUUAUUAACCAAAUUUGCCAAAACUGAAAGCUAGCUGUACCAUAAAGGCCUUCUUCUUAGGCUUUAUUUUUGGCACCUAUUGCUGCUGUGUGCACUAGUAUAGUACUAGUGUACUACUCCGACCACAACCCAGAUGCAUGCCCUGUUCUCGAUCGACACUCUCUGCGGGUACCAUAUAUAUAUAGAUUAUAUUAUAUAUACACACUCUCCAUACAUAUAUACAUACAUAUCCAAUGUAUACAUGGAUAUCUCACGCGCCUCUAGCGCGUGUAUCGCGUGGAAGUAACCCGAUAUUGGAUUAUGAAUAUAUCAAAGGGAUUAUAUGUAUUUACUUGGUACAUCAAAAUUCUUGUUUUAAAUUAAUAUAUAUUUAAAUUCAUAAAACGUUUUUGAGAAAAGGACAGAAAAAAUGGUAUAGCCUUGGAGCUAGUAAAACGUCGCUGUAGACACUAGAGAAAACAAAGCGGAAACACAUACUCAAAACCAAAGGACCAAAUGUUCUUUUAGCAUUACACUGCGCACACUGCUAGUUUUGGCUUUGUUUACUCUGGUUUCAUAUACACACACACAUAUACACAUCAUAUAUACAUAUAGCUAUAUAUUCCCUAAGACCAUCUUAAAAUCUUCAAACAAAUCUCCCAAAUCAUCUUCUUCUUUCUCAUUUCUUGACGGACCCAGAUACAAAAAAAUAUACAAAGUUAUAUAUAUAUAUAUACAUGUCUACCUCACUACGAUUCGGUGUUAUGGCUACGGACGAGAUAAGCCCAUCUCAUCACGAACUAAGGAAUAAUAAAGGAGCUUUGUCUAGCGUUAAUGGGUCUCUAGAAGCUAAGCGCGAAGUAGGAGGGGGAGCCAAGAGCAGUAGCGGCCGAGGAAGAAAACCCACCAACAAGGGUCCGUCAAACACUAAAAAGCAACCUCAAAGAGGACUCGGGGUGGCUCAACUCGAGCGCCUCAGGCUACAAGAAUGGAAGAAAAUCAAUGAAAUGCCCCAACAAGUACUCCAUCCAGGGACUCCGACGGCGGCGGGGGCUCUCAACUUUCCGGUUCCGGCUCCCGUUGUCGACCACAACAGCUUCCAGUUCCAGAUGGUUCCAAAUUCCGUCAUUACGGCCAUGACUGAACCGCUCCACAGUGUUCCGGUGCAGUACGGCGCAGGAGGGAGCUACGGUGCGGGUACUACUAGGUUUCUUAGCGCCGUCGUUCAUCAACCGGGACACGUGGCGGCUGCUUCUGGUUUCAUGAGUUGUAGUGGUGAUUGUGGGUCUUCCCCAGCUGGGAUAUUGGAGCACCGUUCGGUUGUGGUGGACCCUCAUCACCCUCACCCUCACCCUCAUCAUCAUCUUCAUCACCCGUACCAUCAUUGUUAUGGGAUUCUUAAUAGUAACGGAAGCCUAGGUUCAAGUCCGGAUCAGAUGUUUCCAGUGGGUGCGGCUGUAUAUGAUCAUCAUCCUCAUCAUGAGAACUCAAAAGAGCUCUCUUCAAUCCCAAAAAUGCAGUCAUUCAUCAACCCUUCUCAACUCCAAGACCGCUCUGAUUUUUGCUUUAAGAAGACCAGGUUCAAUGGUGAGAAUAUUGGAGAACUAACCCUUGGCUUGGGAACCAGAGGAGUGAGAAGUACAAGUCACGAUGAUGAGGGAUUGGAGAUUGUGGCGGUCCACAGGAAGGUAAACUCAGUGAGUGGAGGAGUAGUAAUGGAGUACGAGUUCUUCCCAGGAAAAAAUGAUAGCUGUGGUAUAUCAGGCACUGGUUCCAAUGAGAUCUUGAUGAAGAAAAUGCCUACUUCUAGUGAUCAUCCAACUUCAAUUUCGGUGGCUGAUGAAGCUUCUUAUAUCAAUACUUUCUCUGCUUCUGCUGCUGCUACUACUACUACUUAUGGGUCUGACAUUUCUAAUCCUGUCGAUUUGUCACUUAAACUUUAGAGAUAUAGCUUAUAUAUAAUUAUUUAUAGAGCCAAAAAAGAAGCUGAUUUGCAUUUUGUCUUGUGUUUCUUAAAUUAUUGGUUUCUCUAAUUAAUUGUUGAUAGUGAUCAAACCUUUUCUCUCAUGACAUUCUACAAUAUAUAUGAG